AUGCGGUGCAGAACGACAGAACUUCGAACUGCCAUGGAUCGAGCUUGCACCAACAUUGGGAGGAAGAGGCCCCUAUCUCAUUCCACGGCGACACUAUCCACGCUGGAAAUUGACGGAUCCAAAGGAGAAGGAGGAGGCCAGAUUAUUCGCAACUCGGCUGCCUAUGCUGCCAUUCUUCAGAACCGAAACCUAAGGCUCUUCAAUAUUCGGGCCAAGCGAUCCCAACAAGGCUUGAAGAGGCAGCACUUGGUGGCAUUGGAAUUGUUGGCCCAAGCGUCUGGUGCCACUUUGGUGGGGGGAGCUGUGGGAUCGACGGACGUUACAAUGAAAUUUCAGGAAAUGGCCGAGUCAUCAUCACGAAAUGAAACGCCAACUCCAAGCCAAUCCCUGGUCGGAGACACUCAGACGGCAGGAUCUAUUUGCUUGCUGUUACAAGCGGUUAUUCCAUUUGCUCUUUUUGCAAACAGAGCCAUACAGUGGUCGUUGAAAGGAGGAACCAAUGCCACCAUGGCACCUCAGUUUGAUUAUUUUGAACAAAUAUUUCUACCAACACUCCAACUGGCUGGACUGCCGCUGGAAGCCGUCAAGUCCAAAGUAACUCGGCAUGGCUACUAUCCCAAAGGUGGCGGAGAUGUCAUGAUCCAUACCACACCCCUGGCUUCUUUUCUGUCGCCUAUCAUCUUGCGAGACCGAGGACACAUUGUAAAUAUUCGAAUUAUUGCCUUCCAUGGGGGCAACUGCCCUGGACAUGUGGCGGAUCGAAUGGCAAAAGGCGCCCAUGCACAUGUUCAACAGAAGUAUCUUGGCAUUUCAAUACAGAAACAAGUUACCUUCCACCAAUCUGCCGUGGGUGCUGGCUCGGGAAUUCUCAUUGUCGCCCAGACUGACACUGGCUGUCGACUGGCCGGGUCUGCUUUGGGAUCUCGAAAGGAGUCACCCCAACAAACGGGUCGAAUGGCCGCCGAAGAACUAUGUUCAACAUUGCGAGAUGGAGGAUGCGUGGAUGAGCAUCUGCAGGAUCAGCUAAUUCUUUACAUGGCUCUGGCAUCCGGGAAGUCCGAGAUUGUGACGGGGUCCGUGACACUCCACACACAAAGUGCAAUAUCGGUUGCCGAGCAGAUGUGUGGGAUUGCCUUUGAAGUCGAAAAGCUGGAUGAUGACACUACAAUCGAUAAAGUGGAUAAUAAUGGACGUCUGAGGGGACGCCAUCGCAUCAGUUGCCAUGGCAUUGGAUUCCUGGGCCGGUAUUCUCAAGACAGAACGACAAGUGACAAAGAUUAG